AGGGGUUACGAGGAAGUUUCAAUCCCAAGUAGGAAAAAAGAUGGCGGCUGUACAUUCUACCCAGAUUUCACAAUACCGUGCAAGCCUUACACAGUGAAUUGCAACUUAGCCUCUGCAUGGAAGCAAGGUUUGGGUUGACCUUGGGUUGACCUGGUCGGCAUGAUAAGACAAACCGCUUGGCUUGGCUUGGCUCCUGUUACCAAUGUGUCAGGGAGCUGGGGUCAAAUUAUCGAGAAGAGGAUGUGAUAGAUUUUGGGAUCUUUUGCCCAUACAGUAGUGAGUUAAAACAUUUUGUGACAUCAUUGCUGGUCUGAAAGAAGACCAUGGGAAAAUGCGAUCAUCUACAGGUUGGGUAACAUGCUCAUGACUGUUCCAUAGGGCCUUGCUCCAAUUCAUCUGGCAGCCCAGAAUGGUCAACUUGAGUGUCUCAGAGUAAUGAUAGAAAGGUAUAAAGUAGAUGUGAAUUUCGAGAGUGCGUCUGGUUGGACACCCCUUCACUUAGCAAUCAACAAAUCCACUAAGAAGAGAGGACUGAGGUGUAUGCGUUACCUCUUGGGGAUAGGCGCAGAUCCUUCAAGGCCUACACAUUCAGGAAUAACUCCAGUGCACCAGGCAGCAAGUGAGGGACAUGUUAAAUGUCUGCAGGAGUUGAUCAAAUGUGGGGCGAUCAUUAACGCUGUUGAUGGAAACGGUCACACGCCCAUGGCAUUAGCUCGUGUGUGGGGCCACAGGGAAUGCGCGCGCAUCCUCGCUGAUCAGCAGUGGUACUUAGAUAAACAGCAGCACUUGAACGAAAGACUCCAGAAAGAGCAAGAAUCUAAGCAACUCGAGGAGGAAAUGCAAAAACUAAGCCUCAUACGACUGGCUGAGGGCAAACAUGAGAGUCAACUUGCUUUUAAAAGAUGGCUUGCCGCGAGAGGGAUUCCUGAUGUAGCAACUAUGUACGGACCCAUCCCUACUGCGGAAAGAAAGGCUGUGGAACAAAUACGCGCAACACAAUCACUCCGCCCCACCCCUGUCCCCAUGACGGAGUCAUCUAUUGUUGUUCGAUCUAAAACGGAAUACGAUUCUUUCGAUGGAGCGCCAUUGUUUGCUUCCAAAGGACCCGCGGAACAUCACGAUAGUGACUUUGAUAGAAAACUUGAGUUAAUUCCGCUCGAGAGAAUUUCUGCUUCUAAGCGAAGAAAGGGUCAAAGAACUGAAGGUUUACGGCCAAACAGGUCUCGAGCAGCGAAAACUGUUUCAACUGUUGUGAAGUGAAAAUCUUUGAGGCAAGGAAGGUGUCUCAGAUAGAACUCAAAGCCGAACGAAGGAAUAUAAAGCUACCACUGUCGUAGUAAAGCUACAAUGACUCCUUAAUCUGGCUCAGUUGUCACAAACAUUUUGUAAGUUCGAGAAUUUUAAAGGGUGUGCUUUUUAAAUAUAAAAGAAAUACGGUGAAAGCAGGAAAAACAUACAGAGGGAAAAUGCCUUGGACAGGUUGAGAGUUUUAUAAUGAAUAACUAGUAAAUCUAAACAGAUGUCAGUGCGUGGCAAAAAGAGCUCGUUUCACUGAAUGAAUGCUAGGAAAUAAAUGAACCAAUAAUGAUGCUAUUUCGCUCAGAAUCAAAAUCGUGCAUUUUAUUUAAAUUCGAUUAAAGGACGCUAAUAAAUGUUCUUUUUUUAACUACUCGUCUCUGCUUGUUUUGAUAGGGUCACUACAUAAUAGUUUUCGAGUGUUAUACCAUAGAAUAUCCCACGAGUCACUUAUAUUUUUCGGUAUACCGGUGCAUAAAUGUAAGAUUUGCAAGGCUUAUCUUUUUGGAUACAGAUUAAACAACAAUUACAUCAUUGCUAA